UUUCAGAGCAGAGCCCCUAUAUCAGCAAAGCUAGUGGCCAACAUGUUAUCUGUAGCUGGAGCUGACCACAUUAUAACCAUGGAUCUCCACGCUUCUCAGAUUCAGGGUUUCUUUGACAUUCCCGUGGACAAUCUAUAUGCUGAGCCAGCAGUCCUGAAGUGGAUUAAGGACACCAUUCCUGAUUGGAGAAACAGCUGCAUUGUCUCCCCUGAUGCUGGAGGUGCCAAGAGAGUGACUUCAAUUGCAGACAGACUGAAUGUUGACUUUGCGCUGAUCCACAAAGAGAGGAAGAAAGCCAAUGAGGUGGCGACUAUGGUACUAGUCGGGGACGUGAAGGACAGGAUCGCGAUACUGGUGGACGACAUGGCCGACACCUGCGGAACUUUCUGUCACGCCGCAGAAAAGCUGGUAGAAGCAGGGGCAGCCAAAGUCUAUGCCAUCUGCACUCAUGGAAUAUUUUCAGGACCUGCCAUAUCUCGCAUUAACAACUCUGUGUUUGAAGCUGUUGUUGUGACAAACACCAUUCCUCAGGAAGAAAGAAUGAAGUCAGCUCCAAAAAUAAAAUGUAUAGACAUCUCCAUCAUCUUGGCGGAGGCCGUCAGAAGGACACAUAACGGAGAAUCAGUUUCCUAUCUGUUCAGCCAUGUGCCGUUGUAAAUCAUCUGUUGUUCCUCAUUGUAGGUUUAUGUUCUGCAUUUGCUGUUGUCUUUCAAGAAUUUCUGCAUGCAACAUUUUAGCUCAUAUGGAGAAGAGCUUACACUAUUUCUGUCC